UUACGCGUCAUUCAAACUCAUAUCCAUGCUUCUACAACAGUCUAACUCAUUCGAUACUGACAUAGACUCAUCACACCAUCUAUCCACCUUACAACCCUCUCAUCAAACAUAAUAUUCCCAGCUGCCAACCUCACACCAAUCACCACCCAUCAUCUCACUCAUCAAUCCCACUCAUCAUCUCACCACCACACAUCUCACAAACAAAAACAAAAAAUGCCCCCCAUCACCGAAACCACCAUCCUAACAAACUACCUCCUCAUCCCCGCCCAACUCCCCGCCAUCAUCUCCCUCCAAGAAUUCACCUCCCUCUUCCCCAAACCCAUGCAACACUCUACCCAUAUCCGCACCCUCUACCGCGACCUCCAAUCCCAACGCAACACCCUCCUCGACACCAUAUCCGAAGAAAUCUCGUCCCAAGCCCGUCAAGGCAAAGCCCUGCGGCGCCACGUCCUAAAAGCCGGGCGUGAAGCCCAAGCUCAAGCACAAGAGCAAGACGACGAGAUUGACAUUGAAAGAAUGCUGGGUACCCUCCCCCCCUCCCAAAACAAAAACCACACCCUCCAAUCCAUCCUCCCCCCCCUCCAGGACGCCAUCUCCGAACUCGAAUCCCAGCUCCAGCUCCUCCGAUCCGAGGAAGCCUCCCUGCUGGCGUCCGUCCAGAAAACUGUCGGCGAUCUCAGCGAUCUCCGCUACGGCCGUCUGGCAAACCCCAAACUGCCCGAGCAGGUCUUGGAGGGGUUGCAAGGGCUGCAAGAGACGUGCAAAGACAAGAACCGAUCAUGAAUUUUUGAAGAACAAGUUUCUCUACAUAUUUCGUAGAUGAGCAGCACGCACGCCCUGACACCUAACCCCCCACCUCACCCUGCCCCCAAAAUAAUUGGCACACAACUAGGUUGGUUAACCCAUGUUAUACUGCAAACUACAGCUUGAAGGAUAAUCAAUAGGCCUUUAAAGAUAAUCAAAGGGCCUUUAAAGACAAUGAAAUGGGCCUUUAAAAUGUUUAAAAGUCCUAUUAAUUUACUUUCGAGGCAUGGUUUACAACAUCACAGGGGCCAACUUACUUUUUGCUGUGUCAAUCAUUUUGUGGGCAGGGUGUUCCCCCCUAAAAAGUGCGCUCCUGUCUCAGAUAAAAACGAUUUCCAUUUCCAUCGCCCACCAGAUCCCAUAUUUCCCAGCCUCUGAUAUAAAAAUAAAAUAAAAAAGAGAGAGAAGCAAAAAGAAACAAGAAACCCCAAACGCUAUGUUUCCAGCGCUGCUCUCUUCAGGGACACACUAUUACACACACCCCACUACCAUAAAACUACCCUUUCAAACACCAGCUACUACUCCUUUCCUACCAACAAACCCCUUACUCUCUCUCCUUAUGACCGAGCAUCCCCAGGCGCAGCCCCCCUCGGCGCAGCAGCAGCAGGGGCACCCGCACCAGCCCUCGGACCCCCAGCCAUGCCCUCGACCCUCUUGUUCAUCAUCGACCUCGAAACAAAGCUCACGCCCAACAUCAUAACCCAGCUCGGCACAGCAUUCAACCCCCAGAAAAACCACCCCAGCGGCACCGCGAGGCCAUUCUUGGCAAAAAACCCAUCAAUAGGGUGAAAGUAGCUGUCGCUCUCCACCUUGGUCCACUCCUCCUUGGGAGCCACAUACGCGUCGACAAUGUCCUGCGAGGUCACAGUCGUCGUAUUGAGGCGCUUGACGUACAGCCCUGUCUCGGUAGGGGCAGGGAGAAUCUCAAACAGCCAGAUCACGCCCGUGGAGGCAGACCAAGAGUUGCAGAGGACAGGCUCGUCGUCGCAGUUCACACUGGCAAGGUGGAGAUUAUCGGGGGUUGGUUUGAGAGAGGCGAGUUUAAGUGCCGAUUGGGAAAAGGCCGUGUCGAGUUUGUCGCAGCGGCCUGGAAAUUUCAUAGGGGUCAGUUGGUUGUAGUUUGGGGACAGAGAGUGGAAAAGGGGCGCAUUACCAAAGCAAGUCUUGUUCCCGCCCGUGAUGAGCACCAGCCACUCCUCGGGAAUGGUAGCCUCGGCGUGGACGGGGGCGUAAAGCGUGUCCUUCCAGUUGGCCAGAGUCAAGGUGUCGAUUUUCUUGGGUUCUACCGUCUUGCUCUUGGGCUUGGGGAUGGGUACUUGGACGUUGUCGGCCGCUUCGGGGAUGCCCGCGCUGCCGGAGAAGCUGGAGAGGAAGUUUUGGAAUUUGGCUUUGUAUUGCUCAAAGGGGGACUCGGCGGCGGCGGCGGAGAGGGGGCCGAGGGCCGCGAGGGCCGCGGUUGCUGUUGAGAAGCGCAUUGUUUGUGAUGUGUAUUUGUGUGUGUGGGUGGAUUACCAAUUACUCGUCUCGGUGAACCAAAAACGAUGACUGCAACAGUGUCGCUAGAAAUGAUGGAAGCAGAAGUGUGGCCCUUUCUUGACAGCUGUC